CUUACCUCUGCCAUGGCAGACCGUACCUCAUUCGAUUCUAGUCACCAAGACAAUGAUGAAUCCGAGAUGGCCCCUCUCAAUCCAACAACCACAACUGUUGUAGACCUGAACUCGCCAGUCGCUCGAGCAGCACUGAACUAUUCAAACCAGCCGUACAAGUUGUACAAAAGACGUUUUCUUGGUCUUUUCGUCCUUGUUAUGCUCAAUAUUAUUGUCAGUUGGGAUUGGUUAACCUUCUCGGCCGUAUCCAGCACUGCCGCCCAAUUCUUCAACGUAUCAGAAAGUGCUAUCAACUGGCUCAGUACUGGCUUUCUAUUUGCCUUCGUUGUUGCAUCUCCAUUCACUAUAUGGGCUCUGCACAGAGGCCCCAAGACAUCGAUCGUUAUCUCUGCCUUGUUGCUAUUCAUAGGCAAUUGGAUCCGAUAUGCUGGAUCUCGAGCCGGCUCACAUGGCAACUUUCCAGUUGUGGUUCUAGGCCAGAUCAUCAUAGGCUUUGCACAACCCUUCGUUCUGGCCGCGCCAACCCGCUACAGUGACCUCUGGUUUCCUGAAACUGGUUUCUUUGGUCGUGUCUCUGCCACAGCCAUUGCCUCGCUGGCCAAUCCUCUUGGGGGUGCUCUUGGCCAGCUCAUUGGUCCUCUCUGGGCGACUACUCCAGAAGAUGUUCCCAAUAUGGUUCUUUACACAGCGAUCGUUGUAACAUGUUUACCUGCUUUUUUCAUUCCUUCAAAACCACCGACACCUCCUUCUCCCGCCGGAAACACCAAGAAGCUUGACAUAACUGGCUCGAUGGAGCUGCUGAAAGGCAACAAGGCUUUCAUGCUGGUCUUCGUCGCUUUCGGAGUCUACGUCGGCUUCUUCAACGCUGUGUCAAGUCUCAUCAACCAGAUAUUCGAGCCAUAUGGAUUUACAGAGACAGACGCCGGCAUAGCAGGUGCUAUUUUGAUUUUUGUUGGUCUGGGAGCUUCAGCAAUCGUUUCGCCAUUCGUCGAUCGCACGAAACAGUAUCUUCCAACAAUGAAGUUGUUGGUCCCGCUGAUAGCAAUUGGUUAUCUGCUACUAAUAUUCAUGCCGGAAACACGCACAGUAGCAGGACCGUAUGUUACUUGUGCGAUACUAGGAGCAGCUUCAUUCUCUUUGCUGCCCUGUGCACUCGAGUACCUGGUCGAAAUCACACAUCCCGCCAGUCCAGAAGUCAGUAGUACGAUAUGUUGGGCAGGCGGUCAAUUGCUUGGUGCCAUCUUCAUUCUCGUCAUGGAUGCAUUGAAGGGCGGUAUUUCUGGCCAGCCUAAGGGCUCUAUGAAAACAGCACUUAUAUUUGAGGCUGUGGUUAGCUGUCUGGCUGUUCCUUGUGUGUUUGCGUUGGGUUUCUUGGACAGAAACAGUAUUGGUUUGGGUCGUAGAGGUGCUGAGAAUGCUGUAGAUGGUACGGUUGAGGAAAGCUAG